GUAAGGUAUGAUGGGAGGAGGGCCAAGUAGGUAUAUAAGAUGGUGCCCAUCGCCUCCCGUCUUCACCAGCAUCCAUCUCUCCUCAAGGAACAGAAGAGCAACCAUCAUCUAACAACAAGAAUGUCUAAUAUUUUGAACACUGAGAAUGCCUCCACUCUGGAGAACGCCAUGCAGCUGAUGAUCCAGACGUUCCACAAGUACUCUGGGAAUGAGGGCGACAAAUAUACUCUCAGCAGGCAGGAACUCAAAGAGAUGCUAACGCAAGAGCUGGGCAACUACCUUGGGAAUGCACAGGAUAAGGAUGCGGUAGAUAAAGUCAUGGGAGAUCUGGAUUCAAACAACGACGGUGAGGUGGACUUCACAGAGUUCAUCAUCCUCGUGGGUGCCCUCACUGUCGCCUGCAACGACUUCUUCCUCGAGUAUCACGAAAAGGAAGGAAAGAAGGUUGAAAAGAAAGAGUAGAGCUGAAUUUUUCUGAACAAAAGCCAACAUGACCAGCGAAUGAUGACGAGGGGGAAAUGAGGGGAGAAGGGGAAUAUGUGUGUGUGUGUGUAUGAAUCUUCCUUACUGUUAAUUAAGAAGUUUCACACCAUCUCUGCAUUCAUGCAAUCCUGGGUACACAAAAUAUUCCACAUGUUUCCAACCCCUGAACCUAUUAGAAAUGAAAGCGUUAGGAAUGAGAUUGUGACAUGGUCUUUGUUGAAUAUGUGAAUAUGUGUUUCUUCCUUUCUUUUG